GAAUAACUCGGGCCCGUGUUGUUUGGUUACCUGGACGGAGAUUUGAGCCAGGCCCGGUGAGUGCAAGACACCGGCCUCGGCCAAGCCCGGCACAUACGGCCAUUUUCUGCGUCGCUCGGGAUCCAGGCUGCGCUCGUUCACCGCACUCGCCCCUCCUCGCAUCCGCUCGCGCAGCGGAGACCGGAGGGCGGACGAACCCCCGCGUGCUAGGGUUUGCCGACGGUGUCGCCGCCGCCACUCGCCGGUGUCGAGCUCUCCCUCUCCCAUCUCCACUCGCCCUCGAGCUCUCCCUCUCUCGUCUCCACUCGCCUCAGUUGCCGCUGUCGAGCUCUCCCUCGAGCUCUCCCUCCGCUGUUGAGGCUUGCUCCUUCCAGUUUCAUCAAAGCAAUGGAUCCUGCUAUUGCACGCCGUCGGCUAAUUGCAAAGGCAGUGGUCCUUGUAGCAGUUAUGUCAGCCUGGUUGGAUGCAUGGUUGAGGCACCGACUGCAUGCUAGGAGGUCUAUCACUUAUGGCCCAAUGCACCAAAGAGACCAAGAGAGGCAAAACAACCUGAGAUUUAUUUAUGAAUCCACUGAUGUUGAGUGUGUCGACUUACUCAGGAUGAGAAGAGCCCCUUUUAUGCAGUUGUGUGACCUUUUUCGCACUAGGCAGCUAUUGAGAGAUAGCAUUCAUAGCUCAGUAGAGGAGCAGGUUGCCAUGUUUUUACAUGUGGUAGGUCAUAACCAAAGGUUUAGAGUUAUACACAUGACCUUUCGAAGAUCUAUUGAGACCAUCAGUAGAUACUUCAGGGAAGUAUUGUAUGCUGUUGGUGAACUGAGAAAUGAAACGAUCUUACCACCUUCAACUGCUACACCAACCAAAAUUAGAGAUAGCCACAGAUGGUACCCCUAUUUCAAGGACUGUAUUGGUGCCAUUGAUGGCACUCAUGUGCUAGCAAGAGUUUCUAGAAAUCAGAGAGCUGCCUUCCUUGGUAGGAAACACACCACAACACAGAACAUCUUAGCUGCUGUAGACUUUGAUCUAAGGUUUACAUAUGUUCUUGCUGGCUGGGAGGGAUCAGCACAUGAUGCCCUUAUCCUUGCUGAUGCCCUUGAGAGAGAAGAUGGUCUAAAAGUGCCCCAAGGUAAAUUUUACCUUGUGGAUGCUGGUUAUGCUGUCAGACCUGGGUUUUUACCCCCUUACCGUGCCACAAGGUACCACUUGAGUGAAUAUGGGGGGAGGAAUCCACAGAACCCAAAAGAGCUCUUCAACCUUAGACAUUCAUCACUAAGGGUGACAAUAGAGAGGGCCUUCGGUGCUUUGAAGAACAGAUUCAAAAUAUUAUACAACAAACCUUUCCAUCCAUACAAGACACAAGUAAAGCUAGUCCUAGCCUGUUGUAUCCUUCACAAUUGGAUUCUUCAUCAUGGGAAUGAUGAACAUGUUCCACUAGAAGAAACAUGGGCUGCAAAUGAAGUUCAUGAGGAAGCUCCCCUUGACCUUGUCAUGGACAAUGCUGCCUGGUCUGCUACCAGAGACAAUUGGGCUCAACAAAUGUGGCAGAAUAGGGCCUCACAUAGGGGAUAGUGGUCUUUAUGUGUUGUGCUAAGUUGCUCAUAGAUCUGUAAGAUCUGGUUCCAUGCUGAGAACAUUGUCUAUUAGCAAUGAUGAACUAUCUACAGUUUUGAACUCACUUUCUUUGUGUGAUGUGCUCAGUUGCUAAUGAUGACAUUACUUACAUCCUGAUACCAUUGUCGACUAGCAAUGAUGAUUACUGCUACUUCUGCUAUUUCUACUAUGCUGGUUUCAUGCUAUUUCUACUUCUGCUGCAUUCCUAUGCUGAGAACAUUACUGCUACUUUUGCUAUGCUGAGAACAUUACUGCUACUUCUACUUCUACUUUCCUAUGCUGACAUUACUGCUACUUCUAUUUUCCUAUGCUGACAUUACUGCUACUUCUACUUCUACUUUCCUAUGCUGAAAACAUCUAUCUCUGUCUUUCCCCUAAUCUU